UCUGUUUUGUUUUAGAGAGAUCGAUCGUCUCCUGCAAAGCGAUAAAGUUUUGUUGGAAACCCUAGCUGCUAGUGGAAUUGGAGAGAUGGAUCGGAUUUCACACCUUCCUGAAUCUAUUGUUCAUCACAUUCUCUCCUUUCUUAAGAAUACUCCUGCAGAGCUUGUUCGAAUGAGUGUAUUGUCCAAGUCCUGGUUUAAUCUAACCGCUUCUUUCCCCUUUUUAGAUUUCAAUAUCCGUUAUUUUAGAACUCGAGAAAGUUUUUUCAAGUAUGUUGAGUAUGCCACCUCUAGAUUUUGCCAUCAUAAUCUCACCGCACACACGUUCUUGCUCUAUACAGAAAUCCAGGAGUCUGCAGAGUUAGAUGUUGUUAACAGAUGCCUUGAAUUAGUUCUUAAGAAUGGCGUCAGAGAGUUGGUGAUAAGUUUUACCUACUCGUCAUUAGAUUUUCCAAAGUACCGUUUGCCUAACAUACUCUUAUCUGUUUCCGUAUUAGAAUCUUUGACCAUAUGUGACUGUGACUUACCUUCUUCAUUGAUGCUUGAUGCUAUCAACUUUAAAUCUUUGAUCCAGUUGAAACUUAUAAUGGUCCCCUUAAAUGAUGAAGUGAUCACGUAUCUCGCCACUAGUUGUCCUCUUCUACAAGUACUCGAUAUUGACGGUUGUAGUGGUUUCAAAAGAGUUUGUGUUUAUGGCCAUCAAAAUCUUCAAAAACUUAGAAUUAUAUAUGACACUCCACUUGAGAGAAUAGAUAUUGAAGCUCCAAAUCUAUCUAGUCUUACGAUGGAAGAUGAGGAUGAUAUAGGGGCACCACGAAUGAACUUGGCUUCAUGCAAAAACCUAACAACAGUGUCUUACUUUGGGUGUCUUUCACCAUACUUGAGUUUUGCUGACUUUGUAUCCAGUUUCCCCUUCAUUGAAAAUUUGUAUUUGGCUAUUAAUUAUAAUUGCAACAUCCUCAAGUUGUCAAGCCCUUCCUUAAGGACAUUCAUGUUACAUUCAAUGUGUGAUUUCGAAGAUAUUGAGUUCAUUACACCCAAUUUAGUUUUCUUUUCUUACCCUUGUGGUUCUUAUUCUACCUGGCAUACGGCAAUGCAUUCAACCCAUUUGAAAGCAUCUAUGCAAUGUUAUCCCAAUGGUUAUACAUCCGGACUUUGUUUCCAGAAGUUAAGGCGACUUUUGGACAAGCAAAAUGGGUUCAAAGUUUUGAACUUGUAUAUUAAUGCUUUCCAUAGUCAGACCUUCACAGAGUUAGAGAAGCUAAAGGCGAUUGAAUUGCCACCUUAUGAACUCGAGCAUGUUGAGCUAAAACUAGACACCAGUGAAGAAUCAUCAGCUCAUGUUGCUUUUGUAAACGUUGUACUUUGGUGUUGCCGUCCUCGUUCUCUAACUUUAAGAUCAUCCGUUCCUUUUGAAGAACAAAGUGAUGUUGUCGAGUUUACAUACAAGAAACUGCUUGAACAAGUAGAUCAAGGCCAUACCAAAAUUCAGAUUGUGUCGCCUUCCUCUUCCGAAGCCCAAAAGCACUUGAUGGACUUGAAGUCGUUGUCAAUGGCGUCACCUCGUGAAGGAAAAGCAAUUAGCUUCAUAAAGGAAGAAGGUACACCUUUUUAAUGAGCUAAUUUAGAAGUCUUAUCAGUCAAGACUAAGGUAGGGAAGUUAUUAGUGAAAACUGAUAAAUUUGAACAAAUUGCAGUUAACCUGUCAUAAGAAUGCUACUUUUUGAUAUUUAAUAUGUAGUGAUGUUUUGAAUCA